CGGGGGCUGCGGCUUCAGGGUGUGCCUGGUGGCUACUUCAGGAAACAUGGCCAAGUUUGCCUUGAAUCAGAACCUGCCUGGUAAGUGUGCAAAAUGGGAAUCGUGUGUGUACAGAUCCACACUUGGUGCCCGGGUGCAGAAACAGCCCUGCAGUUCCCUCCUUGGCACAGUGGCCAGAGGGUCCUUUAUAAAGGGGAUAAUGUUGUGGCCCUGCCUAAAAUCUGCCUCUGGUGCCCUAUUACAGGUGGAAUAAAAAACUCCAACUCCCAGGUGGCCCAGAAGGUUCCCCACAGUCUGACCCAAGCCCACCUCUCCGCUGUUCCUUCCUUCAUGCUGCUCUAGACAGCCUCGCCUCCAACUCGCUGUUACUCAAGCCCACCCUGCUCAUUCCAACCCAGGACCUUUGUAUGGGCUGUUUUCUUUUAGCAACGUUCCAUCCCCAGCUGGUGUUUCCUCCUCCUCAUUUAGGGCUCCACUUAUAAGUACCCUUCGCAGGAAAUCUGCUCUAACAGUUAUUCUCUAUUUCAUCUUGUGGUUAUUAUUAAUGCCCUAAGCACCGUUUGGAAGGAUUGUGUUUAUUUAUCUGUCUCCCACAAGAGGGCAGGGAUGCUUGUCUUGUUCACUGCUAUGUACAUAACGCCUAGGAAAGUACUUGAUACAUAGGACGAGCUCACUCAACGCGUGAUUGUACGACUUUUGCGGGUGCAGAGGGGCGUUUAAGCAUCAGGUGUGCAAUGGCAGGUGUGCAUGGUUUGGUGCAGGUGGAGUCCUGCAGGCAUGCCGUUGGAUGGAGUAGGGCUGGGGAGGGAAACGCGCUCCGUUUGUCCAGUCUCUCCGGGUCUCCCCCACCUGACUCCACUCCACGCCCCUGUCAUGCCCACAGACCUGGGCGGCCCUCGCCUAUGCCCCGGUGAGACUGGGGGCGCCCGCAGCCCGAGCUCGCCCUACUCGGUGGAGACGCCCUAUGGUUUCCACCUGGACCUGGAUUUCCUCAAGUACGUGGAGGAGCUGGAGCGCGGCCCUACAGCCCGCCGAGUCCCGGGCCCCCCACCAGCUCGCCGCCCUCGCGCGCCCCGGGGUGGCCUCGCAGGUGCGCGCAGCCCAGGUGCCUGGACCUCCAGCGAGUCCCUGGCCAGUGACGAUGGCGGACCGUCGGGCGCACUCUCCCCAGGAGCGCCCUCAGGGCUACAGCUGACACCGCUGUCGCCGCGCGCGCCGGUGCGCAACCCGCGCGUCGAGCACACGCUCCUGGAGACCAGCAGGCGGUUGGAGCUGGCGCAGGCUCACGCGCACGAAGGCGCACCCAGCCUGGCCCGCGCGGUCCCGCGCAGCCCCCUUGGGUCGGGCCACAGCAGCCCCGCCCUCAACCCGGCCCUCGCCUCUCCCGGCCCUGCGCAGCUGCAGCUGGUGCGAGAGCAGAUGGCCGCGGCCCUGCGGCGCCUGCGUGAGCUCGAGGACCAGGCGCGCGCGCUGCCCGCGCUGCAGGAGCAGGUGCGCGCGCUGCGCGCCGAGAAAGCGCGGUUGCUGGCUGCGCGCCGGCAGCCCGAGCCCGACGGGGAGGCCGAGGCGCGCCCGGACAAACUUGCUCAGCUGCGGCGACUCACUGAGCGCCUGGCCACCUCUGAGCGCGGCGUUCGGGCCAGGGCCAGCCCCGGGGCUGAAGACCCCGACGGGUCGGCUUCUAGGCGCAGCGAGGGUGCGUUGCAGGUCCUGGACGGGGCGCCCCAGAUGCGAGAGGAGGGCACCCAGACAGUGCGGGAGACCCAAGAGGCGGGAGCCCAGGUGGUGUGGGAGACCCAGGAGACCGGCGUGGAGGCAGUUCCGGAGACCCUCGAGGCAGAAGCGUGGGUGACGGAGGCUCUGCUGGGGCUGCCCGUGGCCACCGAGCGCGAGCUGGAGCUGCUGCGCGCCAGCCUGGAGCAUCAGCGCGAGGUCAGCGAGCUCCUGCGGGGCCGGCUGUGUGAGCUGGAGGAGGCCCGCGAGGCUGCCGAGGAGGCAGAGGCGGCGGCGGCGGCGGCCCGGCCCCAGCCGCACGAGGCUGCCACCCAGACCCCGUGGGCUUGUGUGGAGAAGGCCACGCAGACCGACGUCCCCGUGGAGGUCCAUGCCCCGAUGCAGGAGAACCCCCCGGGACCCACGGAUGGGGACAGGGCCGUGGCGCCCGCGGGCACCCUCAAAUCCAUUAUGAAGAGAAAAGAUGGUACACCUGGAGCCCAAACCAGCCCUGGACCCAAGAGCCUGCAGUUUGUUGGGGUCCUCAACGGAGAGUAUGAGAGCUCAUCCAGCGAGGGCGACAGCGGCAGCGAGGACGGCGCAACUGAGCCCCAGAGGAGCAGUUCCUCCAGCUCAGGCGAUGACAGUGGUGGGGGAUCCGACUCUGGGACCCCUGGCCCUCCCAGCGGCGAGGAGGCCCGAGAUCCGGAGCCCGAGGCGGAGCCCGAGCCUCAGCCGGUUGCCCAGGGGAGGUGCGAGCUGAGCCCGCGUUUGAGGGAGGCUUGCGCAGCACUGCACCGGCACCUGACCCGGCCCCGCGGAGGCGCCCGCGACGGCGGCGCAGCUCGCCUGGUGGCCCAGGAGUGGUUUCGAGUGUCCAGCCAGCGGCGCUCUCAGUCGGAGCCUGUGGCCCAGGUGCUGGGCGCAGUGGCACGCAUGGGACCAGAGCUGCUGGAGCACGUGGUGAACCUGGCAGAUGGCAACGGGAACACAGCCCUGCACUACAGCGUGUCCCAUGGGAACCUGGCCAUCGCGAGCUUGCUGCUGGAUACAGGGGUCUGCAAGAUUGACCACCAGAAUCGAGCUGGCUACUCGGCCGUCAUGCUGGCUGCACUCACCUCUGUGGGCCGAGAGGAGGACAUGGCUGUGGUCCAGAGACUCUUCCGCAUGGGCAAUGUCAAUGCCAAGGCCAGCCAGACCGGACAGACAGCCCUCAUGCUGGCCAUCAGCCAUGGCCGCCAGGACAUGGUAGCAGCCCUGCUAGCGUGUGGGGCAGACGUCAAUGCACAGGAUGCUGAUGGGGCCACGGCACUGAUGUGUGCCAGUGAGUAUGGGCGCCUGGACACUGUCCGGAUGCUGCUGGCCCAGCCAGGCUGUGAUCCUGCUCUCCUGGACAACGAGGGCACCAGUGCCCUGGCCAUUGCCCUGGAGGCAGAACAGGAUGAGGUGGCUGCUCUGCUGCAUGCCCAUCUGAGCUCAAGCCAGCCCAGUCCGCUGUUGUCCCCUGACUCCCCCAUGGCCAUGCCUGGUGAAGAAGGAGGUAGCGACACUGGAGAAGACCCCUGACUCACUGACUGGUCUGACACACUGGACCUGGGACUGGGAGAAAAGAUCUUUCCCUCUCCCACCUCAGCCUCUGGGCCCAGCAGGGGGCAGGGUCCACCUGAAGGGGCUCACUUUGAACUCUCCAGGGUGGGAUGGGAGCUGAGGAGUGACAGAGCCCCUAGUCCACCCACUCCUCCAGCCUUCUUCCCUAAUAAAACAUUCCUAAUGCA